AUGCGAAAUGCGGAUAAAAUAAUUGUUAUGCAAAUAGGUGAAAUAAUUGAAAAAGGAAAUCAUGAAUUAUUAAUGAAUAUUCAAUCCAUUUAUUACAAUCUUAUUCAAAAACAAAAUUUACAUAAUAAACAAGAUAAAACAAAUUCUAUUCCUGAAGAAGAAAAUAAACAAAGAGGAAUGAAUACAGUAUCAUUGCAAUCUCUUAAAAAUAAUCAAAAUAAACAAUUAGAAGAAAUAAAUGAAAAGAAAAAAGUAAGAAGAAUUAUUUCAUCACAAUUGUUAAGAAUGAAUAAACCUGAAUGGAUAUUUAUUUUGUUUGGAUGUAUUGGAUGCAUUUGUAAUGGUAUGAUACAACCAACAAUGGAAAUUGUUCUGAGUAAAUUAACUGCAGUUUUUCAAGAAUGUGAUGAAGAUCCUCAACGUCGAAAAAUUCUUGUUUAUAAUUUAAUAUUUAUUGGAUUUGGAAUCAUUUGUUUCAUCGCAACAUUUAUUCAAAGUUUCUUUUUUGAUCGUUCUGGUGAAGCAUUAACACAACGUCUCCGUCAAGAUAUAUCAUAUUUUGAUGAUCCAAAUAACAAUACAGGUGCAUUAUGUACACAUUUAUCAACUGAAGCAUCGGCUGUUCAAUGUGCGACUGGAAUUAGACUUGGAAUUUUAUUACAAAGUUUUUGUUCACUUGCUGGUGGUCUUAUUAUUGGUUUUAUAUUUUCUUGGUAA